AUGCAGAGUUUAUCAAAGCGGAAGGUUCGUGACGAGGAUGAUGCUGAGGAUGACAGGAAGCUAAAGGCAGGUAGCGAUGGCGGAAGUACCGAUGAAAAAGGGUGGUUCGGUGCUGACCUGCACGGUGCGGGUCAGCAGCUUGCAGACUUUUCAAUUCCUCGGCUUCGGUUCGCUACAGAGUCAUGGGCUGGACUGAAGACUACCAAUGAAGACCGCAACGUUUUCUCCACCGAGUUCUUCCCUGGUCCAGUGUUUGGUGUAUUUGACGGCCAUGGCGGAACAUUUGCAGCAGAUUUUCUAUCUCGACAGCUUCUGAAGACUGUAGCCUCAGCGAUACGACAAAAUACUGGCGAGAAAGCGCUAGCUGAUCUUCGCGCCUGCCGCAAACUAUCGAGCCAAGAAAACGUUCGCCGAGAUGCUAUCGUCGAGCAGAAAAAUCUGCUACGUCAGCAGCUUACUGAAGUGGAAACUCUGAGAUUGGGAGCCACAGAUCCCGAACUGGAAAUGCUGUUUGAUCAACUUACGAGUGCCAUUUCUCAGAUGGAGAGUUAG